GUGUUUGCGCAUGCGCAGCCAAGGAAGCCCGGGUCAGUAGAACGAAAAGGCGAUAUUGGAAGUUCUAUGGGUGCAGUCCGUUCUUGGGGUUUUUUUUGUUCUAUGGGUGCAGUCCGUUCUUGGGUUUUUUUUGUCGCAGUCACGUGGUAAAAAUGAAGCCGAAGCGUCGGUAGUCUUUGGUUUGAUCAGAGCCUCCGUUGUCCCUUGAGGCUAGACAUGAAAGCGGCGCGCGCUGUCCUUUUGGCCAUAGCAACGCUUGGAAUAGUUCCUUCCAGCACAGGGUCGACAUGUCUGGAGCCUCCUCAGAAUGUUACCGUAUAUAUUAUUAACACAAAUAUCAGUCUGAAAUGGGACUGGGAAAACUCAUGUGGCCUCAACAUAACGUUUUCAGCACAAUAUGAAGAAACGCCAGAAUAUGAGGAGAAUCUUGAAAACUGGACAGUGAUUCCUGGAUGUCAGAAUAUCAUCUCCACAGAAUGUGAUCUCUCAUUAUUGAAACUAAAUUAUUUAAAUUACUGUAAUGUGAGCGUAAGAGUGGAAGCAGGGAAAGAGAAUUCUCCAUGGGCCUCUUUAAAGUUUUGUCCUUAUCUUACAGCUCAGAUUGGCCCUCCUGGAGUGCUGUUGGAAUCAGUAGAUGGAAAUGUAAAUAUCAAAAUUAUACAUCCAGAAGCAGAUCAGUCAAAACAAAUGUGGAAGCAUGAUGCUCUAACCUAUAAACUAGCAAUCUGGAAGAACUCAUCAAAGCCUGAGAAAAAAUACCAGGAUGUUUUUUCAGGGCAAAACCUUCAUGAUCUUCACCCAGAUACUACUUAUUGUUUGGCAGUCAAAGCAUUCCUAGAAUAUCAUGAGGCUUUAUGGAGCUCAACGUACUGUACAAAAACACCCAAAGCUUUGGAUGGUCUGGCUCCUCCCACAAACCUGCGUGUUCAUGCUUUGAAUAUGAAGUGCAUUUUGUACUGGGAUAAUCUGUACAGUGGAAGUGUAAGCUUCACAGUCCAGUGGAUCUUUGCAUUCAAAAGAGAAUAUUUCCAAGAUUACUCAAAAGACUGGAUCACUGUGCCUGGAUGUGAAAACAUCACCACAACCCACUGUGACUUCUCAUCUUCCAUUUCCUUCAGUGGAAUUUUCUACCUCCAUGCGCGCGCCAUGAAUAGCCAUUUCAAAUCACCUUGGUCCAAAGAGCUAAGCUUUGAGCCUUCAAUUGAAAAUGAAAUUGGCCCGCCAAGUAUCAAGGUUAAUGCCAGUGAGGAUUCACUUCGUAUUUUUAUUGUGGCACCUGGAGAAUUGGAAAAUAACUCAAUGAGCAAAUAUCCCCUUAUCUAUCACAUUAACUAUUGGAAUAAUUCUUCGUAUGCCAAGGACAAAGUUGAAGAACAAUCAAAAUCAGCAUCAUUCAUAAUCUCAAACUUGUCCCCUUCAACUGUAUAUUGCUUAGAAGUGCAAGCUCUGUGUCUUUCAAAAAGCAGCAACUUUAGCAAUGUGACAUGUAUUGAAACUGCCAGUGGGAAAUCAUCUACUCUUGUCACCUGGAUGGUUCCCAUUGGAGUUGCUGCUGCUGUUGCUUUCUUGCUCUUCACUCUCUGGUAUACGUGGAAGAAGAUCAGAUAUGCAUUCUUUCCCUCAUGCAAACUUCCAUCAGUCAUAGAGAAAACUGGCGAAAGAGAUCCAAGCAGUUCCUGUUUGAUACCUUCUGAAGUAUCAACAGAAAAAUGCAUCCUUGUAAUUAAAAACAGCAUCCCACUUGAAAUUGACCAAAUAAAUUGUAAAGACCAAAGACAAUCAGAACGGAACUGUCGAGACUCAGGAAAUUAUUCCAAUGAUGAUGAAAUUUCUGGAAAUAAGGAAUCACAUGAAAUUAAAGAAACAGCAGCAGUAUGGUUCAGACAAUGGGUAGAAGCUCCAAGAUAAGAGGAGCAUUAUAGCUAGCACCUUAUUUAAUUGCCUAUAAAAAUGCUUUAUUAUAACUGUUCUCUUUUCUUAAAGAGACUUUCUGCCAGAAAGCAGACUGACAAUUCACUUUGAUGCCAAAGGUUUUGCUAGGUACUACUAUCAGGAAAAUGGCUGGAACAUAACAGAAUGUUUGCAACAUGAAUUAUCUCUGUACAGUUAUCAUAAAAAUUUUGCAAAGUUGUUUACAUCUGUAAGUGUUUUGAAAUACAAAGAGUAGCUGGGGGAAAAAUCACGGUAAACCUAGGCUGUAUACAUGCAGAGUUGAGUUGUACAGUAUCACUUCUGUUUAUAGUGAAAUAUAAGUCUAAAAACAACUGCAUAUGCCUCCCAAAAAAGUACUGGUAGUAUACCCUCUCCAGCUUUUCACAGAGAAUACUCCAACUCUGCACAGGCGUUGGUGAUACUUGUUCACUGUGGUGUACAGAGCACAGUUUGACCACAGUGUCAGUGGUGCCUUCUAAGAGGUAGUGUUCAUUCUUAAUGUAACCCUAUAUGACAUCAAUCAUUCCUUCUUUAUAGACAACUGAGCCAAAAGUGGCAUGUAACAAAGAACACUGGGAGAGGGCAUCCAGAGGAAAACCCUUUGAAGAAGUUAAAAAAGUGAAAAUUGUGAUAAAAUGCAUGGCAUGCCUCAAGGUAGUUAAUAAUUCUUUUAGCCAGUCUCUCUGUUUACAGUGGCCAUAAUGGCUACCUGCAGCUGCAACAUAAAAAUACAAUGUUAUUAAUGUUACUGCAGAUAAUAGAGGGUUUUUUUUAUUACUGCCUAUUGAUAUUAAUAUACACGUUUUCAGUGCCUUUCAAUUUUAACGUAGGAAAAACAGCCUCCUGUUGAACAGGAAAUAACACCUGCCAUUCAAGUGUGAAAAUAUUUGGAACCCACAUUUCAGGGAAACACUUAGUAAUGGUAUAGUGUGCCUCUACUUAAUUUUCUGUGCUGUCGGGAGAAAAUCAAUCCUCCUAUCAAUGAGAUCACUUGUUUAAAGCUAACCAGGAAACACUGGAUGUGAAAUCUGAACAGUUUGUAGGAAAAGAUGAUAGUCUUAUAAGAAAAUAAGAUGUGCCCUGCUGGAUCAGACCAGUGGUUCAUCUAGCCUAGCAUCCUGGAAGAUUGUUAUAAAUUUCCCUGGCCAAAUUAAGCUCGCAUGGGAUAAGAAUAUAAACCUGAUAGAACUUUUGGUUUUUGACUGUAGCAUUUGUAUUCUAUUAUAAUAAACUCAUUUUUUACAUUU